CCGAUCCAUGGCAUAUUGAAGCACCAUGUCGGACACAACGGAGGAGCAGCUGCCGCUGUAUUUAACGCCCCAGUUCUUCAGGCGCACUCUCGAGCACGGCCUGCAGCAGCAGGACCUAAAGGUCCUCGAGGUCCAUCUGACAAAUCUGACACGUGGCGGGGAGAACUACUGCAGCAACAUCUACAGGGCCUCCAUCAAGUAUAAGAAUGCGGAGGGGAGGAAUGUGGAGACAUCGCUAAUUGUGAAGUCGAUGCCGGACGAGAAGCAGGCCAUUCUGGCCAGGCUGCACAUCUACAACAAGGAGAGCAUCUUCUAUAUGCACAUCAAACCAAAGCUGGAGACGCUCAUGUGGGGCAGAGACGAUGCCACAGAGCCCUGGACAUUGGGCGCCAGACACUACUACUCCACCACUCAGCCCGAGCAGACCAUCAUAUUUGAGGACCUCUGCUCCGAGGGAUACCAAUUGAAAUGCCGUCAACUAGGCCUGGACAUGGAUCACGCCACGCUGGUGAUGCGAAAACUAGCCCAAUACCAUGCCCUAACCAUGGUGAUGGCCGAACACGAGCCAGAGACCAUCAUCGACCGCUAUCCCUUUGGACUCCUGCACAUGGACGCCAUCAAGUCGGAGCCUUUCAAGCUGCUUUUCGGCACACAGCUCCUGAAACUGGCAGCCCUCGUGAGCGAUAGCGAGGGAUUUGGUGCAAUAACCUCAAAGCUUUAUCGCUACCACGAGCACUUUACAGAGCGGAUCCUCAAGUCGGUGUAUCCGUUGAGGGGAGAUCUGAAUGUCCUAAACCACGGCGAUCUGUGGGUGAACAAUAUAUUCUUUAAAUACAAUCAGGAAUACAAAGUGGAGCAGGUGAAGAUUAUCGACUUUCAGCUGUGUUUCUAUGGGAGCCUGGGCUUCGACAUCAACUACUUUCUGAACACCAGCCUGGAGCUGGAGGUGCUCCGUACACAGCGUCAGCGCCUCAUCGACAUCUACUACGAGGCCUUGGUGGGGUGUUUGGAGCAGAUUCCUUGGUCCAAGCCACUGCCCACCUAUGACGCCGUCAUGGCGGAGAUACGGGCGCGCGAGGCCUAUGGCUUCUUUGUGGCCUUUGGUUUCUUUCCGCUGAUGAGCAUGAUCGGGAUCAAUUCGGAGGAUAACUCCCUGAAGAACUUUCACGACGAGACCUUUGCCCGAAAGAAGGUGCAACUGAUGUUCGAGGGAAAUGCUCGAACGCUGGAGAGCUUGAAGUGCACGCUGAAGCGCCUGGAUGAGAUGCAAUUGUUCGACUGAACGAUCGCAGUUGUUUAUAAAUUACUGCCGCCACCCUUUGCAAAUUGAAUAAAGAAUUCGACAGACCUGAUUGCCAUCUAAUCAAACGUCUAUUCACAUUCUGUUUGCUGUCGCUUGACGCUUU